AGCCCCAGACCGUUUAAGGUCGUCGUUUGGAACACAUAUUUUUAAAUUCCACUAUUGCCAUGGGGAUAUUGCAAACAAUCGCUGUGCUGCUGUGUGUAUCGGCGACUACAUAUGCUGACCCGCUCGGAAAUUUCGUGCCCCAGGAGCUCAUCGACUGUGUAAACAGAGUAACACCUUUAGCAAACGCCACCGGUCAGAAGGCCUCAGUAUCUCCUGUUCACAACAAUCAAAGGGAAAAUGCUGGACUACAGGCUGGGGUAGAGAUUGCGAUUGACUACGCUGGCACCGAUGUGCCCAGACUGAAGACGCUAGAGGAUGUGCACAUGUUUUGUAUCCAGCAGUUCAUGUGGAAACCUGACAGGGUGCGCUGGGAGAACUACAACAUCACAAAGACGGACAUGGAAUUCGUAAACGGCCUUCUUGAAUCCAUGAUGAAACCAACAUGGACAAAGCAAUCAAGAAGCAAGCGCUAUUCCGGUGGUCGAGAUGGCAUGAUCCCGCCGACAGGAUUCCGAAUCAGACGGGAAUAUAGACGGAUAUCUGACGGAGAAAGAAAUGCAUUCCACGGAGCAUUGCGCAUGUUGAAAAUGAAUGGGGAGUAUGACAUGUUCGCCAAUCUGCAUCGAGGAAUUGUUACCGAUUCUGCACACGGGGGUGCCAACUUUCUUGGAUGGCACAGAGUCUAUCUAGCCUUAUUCGAGGAAGCAAUGCGAAGAAUUGACAGACGCAUUUCAUUACCUUACUGGGACUCAACGCUUGAUUUUGACAUGGCGAAUCCGGCAGACUCAAUCUUAUUCUCCCCGGCCUUCCUUGGAAACGGUGACGGUGUGGUUACUACGGGACCCUUCGCCAACUGGGCUGCAAUUAAUGGUCCCUUGACCAGAAAUAUAGGUGGCACAAGUUCGCUGUUCACCAAAGAGAAUAUCAGAAUGAUCUUGACGCGUUGUCGUACUUCCGAAAUCACACGUCCAACUGCGCUACCUCCAUUCGACUUUGAAGGAUACCACGGUGGUGCUCACCUUUGGGUUGGUGGACAGUUGGCAGAUAUUACAACAGCCGCCCACGAUCCCGUAUUUUUCCUCCAUCAUGCAUUUGUAGACUUCAUUUGGGAAAUGUUCCGCAUGCACCAGGUCCGUGACUGUCGAGUAAACCCAAACGUUGACUAUCCAGACGCACCUGGACUACACGCCGCAUUUAGACCAAUGGACGGAUUUCCAGAAUACGUCAACAAUGAUGGUUAUCGAAGCUACUGGACUCAAAUGUGGUUUCGAUACGAGCGUUCUCCCUCGUGCCCGGUUUGCGGCUCUCCAUAUUUAAGAUGCGACCCGGCCCGCGGAGUGUGCGUUUCCGUCGAACGUAUGCUUUCUGCCGAUGAAGGAGCUCCACUUGCUACGGGUGCAUUGGGAUUCUCUGCGACUGAAAGGGCAGCAUCUCCAAGCGCAGCUCUAGCAAGAGCUCAGGUCGCAAUGCUCCCCGUCGGAAGAUUAUUCGACGGUCCUCCCCCCGAACCGAGAACGCAAGAGGGUCAGGCGAUCAUCGCAGGCUUGGGGGCUUUAAGACGUAAGAGAAGGGCUGUACAGCAGAAAGAUAUGGUGUCUAUCUCAUCUGUAAGUGAAAAUUCAAAUCAGAAAUAUAUCUCGCAACCACUUGAAAUAGGAGAAAAAUUCCUUGGCCCGAAAUCUGAUGGUCGAACAUUACACGUUUUGGGCAGGAAUAUUUCUAGCGAUGUGUUUGCUGGGCAAAACGUAGAACAAGCGCCUCAAGAUGUUUACUCAGGAAAUGCCUUUCCAGUUGCGGAACCGAUGUCAUUUUUUCCCGUACCUGGUUCAGACUCACUUGAUUCAUAUAUGCAAUAUCCUAGUUCGUACACUUCCAACUCAUCGGCCUCUGACUGGCUAUUUGUUCCUGUUCAGGUGACAUACACCGUUGACGGAACCGACAACUCUGCACAGACUCCGAGCACGAAAUGUCUUCCAUCAGAUGCAAUAUCGACUCACAUUAAAGUGUCCGCACAAGGCCUAAAUUAUCUUGGGGAAUACACUGACUACACCGUAGUAGACACCAGAUAUGCUCGUUCGUCCGCCCACGGCAUCAUCGCCAUGCGGGCUCCGGAGAUCGGACCGUCUAUAACCAAGGUUACUGCAAGUCACGGAUGUGGGCUGAUGUGCAAACCCACGUGCAUUACCAGCGAGACCGGCACGUUUCAGUACAAACCAUGCUCUGGAAUAAUGUGGAUCACACCAAAAGACGCAACCGCAUACGUCCGAUCAUACGACAAGGCGGCGGAAAUCGUUGCAAGAGGUGGGGCGAAAUUCCCAAUCUUGUUCCAAUGUCACAAGGAGAGUCAGUCCCCCUAGCAGAAGCUUUAACAGCCUAAAUUAUGUCCCUUGCCCUAAUGCAUCAUGGUAAAUAAAAAAACAUCCGUUCCACUAUAGUAUUCAACCCUAUGUCAAACAAUAACAUUUCCAUAUAGAAUUUUGAACGGUAUUCUUUCCUAAGUUGUUGGUGUUUGGUUUUGUAAAACAUAUGGGCAGUAAUUAAAAUUAAAACAUAUGCGUGUGCUUAUUUCUCUAGUCCUGAAAAUCCAAGCUUUUCAGAUGACUUUAUAAAAACAGUAUAAAUACCAUCCAUACUCUCACUAUAUAUAAUGGACAAAUAAGGAAGGAAAAUUAUUUGAAACACUGCGUUGUUAUGCAUUUACAAUUACUUGAAAAAAAAUAAACCUCUAUUUUGCUUUUUA